CUCCCCUACCUCUCCCUCUCUCUCUAUUAGCGGUCUGCGCUCUCCUUUUUAAGUUAUCACGGACAAAUCGAAACCCUAGCUAAUCCAUUCGCCUCUGUGAUCUCGUGUGAAGUUCUACUGAAAUGGCGUCAUUCGAUCAAGCACCACCUGGCGAUGUAAAAGCCGGAGAGAAAAUCUUCAAAACUAAGUGCGCUCAGUGCCACACCGUCGAGAAAGGCGCUGGCCACAAACAAGGACCGAACUUGAAUGGGCUGUUUGGGAGACAAUCAGGAACAACUGCAGGAUAUUCAUACUCUGCGGCUAAUAAGAAUAUGGCUGUUCAAUGGGGAGAGAAUACGCUUUAUGACUACUUGCUUAACCCUAAGAAGUACAUCCCUGGAACUAAGAUGGUCUUCCCUGGAUUGAAGAAGCCACAGGACCGUGCAGACCUCAUUGCCUAUCUGAAGCAAGCUACUGCCUGAUCCCCUUGAUUAAUAGGGCUAUUUUUACCAAAUGAUUUGUGACAUUCAUUGGUUGUCCCAAACAAUUUUUUUUUUUUUUCAGAUAAACUGUCCACUUGAAAUAACACAGCUUAAGGCUUAAAGGUGCUCUUUCCUUUGAUAGUUGAGAUGAUUAGAGAAAAAUUUCUGUUAUUUUCAUGAGGCAUUUCAUGAAACCCGAUUAUUUUUUGUAGCUCAUACUGUCUAUUGAUAAAUUUGUUUUCAUGAAUUAUUAAUCAUAUGUUUUGUUUUUCUGAA